CUUGAAGACGAAGCUGAUGCAACACUGGCCGGAGAUAACACAGGAAUCACGUCGGAGUGCAGAAGCUCAAAAGAGGACACAGCAUCUUAUUCUCAUAAAGGAAGUCAAAGGAUUUUCAGUUUUUACCGCUUUUUGUCCUGAAGAUUAACCGGUACCAACAUGCCUAUCAUCAGAACCCUCAGCAAGGUGGCCAAGCAGGCCCUGCUCAGCACCCCUGGGUGCGGCUGCCAGCCCCUAACAGUGGCUGUACGCAACAUCAGCUUCUCCCCUCGUCAGGUGACCUCUGAUGCCAGCUUCCACUCCGUGUCCUUCUCAGAAACAGACCACCCCAAGGUGCUCAUCACAGGUGGCCUGGGACAGCUCGGGGUGGGGCUAGCCAAAUUGUUGAGAAAGAGGUUUGGAAAGAACAGCGUCAUUCUGUCUGACAUCAGGAAACCACCAAGCAAUGUUUUCCACAGCGGCCCCUUCAUCUACUCAGACAUCCUGGACUACAAGAACCUGCGGGAAAUUGUGGUGAACAACCGCAUCACUUGGCUGGUUCACUACAGCGCCCUCCUCAGUGCUGUCGGAGAGGCUAACGUGGCCCUGGCGCGCUCUGUAAACAUCACUGGGCUUCACAACAUCUUGGACAUUGCAGCGGAGCACGGCCUGCGUCUGUUUGUACCCAGCACCAUCGGAGCCUUUGGUCCCACUUCUCCCCGCAACCCUACACCAGACCUCUGUGUGCAGAGACCUCGCACCAUCUAUGGUGUCUCCAAAGUCCACGCUGAGCUGAUGGGAGAGUACUACCACCACCGUUAUGGCCUUGACUUCCGUUGUCUCCGCUACCCAGGAAUCAUUUCAGCUGACUCCAUGCCUGGUGGUGGCACAACAGACUAUGCCGUCCAGAUUUUCCACGAUGCAAUCAAAAGUGGCAAGUUUGAGUGUAACUUGAGAGCCGACACGCGGCUGCCCAUGAUGUACAUUGACGACUGCCUGCGUGCCACGCUGGAGGUGAUGGAGGCGCCAGCUGACACGCUGAGCAUGAGGACCUACAACAUCAACGCCAUGAGCUUCACCCCAGAGGAACUGGCCCAGGAGCUCCAGAAGCAGAUGCCCGAGCUGGAGGUCACGUAUGACGUUGACAACGUGCGGCAGGCCAUCGCGGACAGUUGGCCAAUGAACUUCGACGACUCCAACGCACGGAAGGAGUGGGGCUGGAAGCACGAUUACGAUCUCCCAGAGCUCGUCCAGACGAUGCUUAACUUCUUUAGCGCGGAGAUGCGCAUGACUCGUGCUAACUGAAGGGCGUGCAACAUCGGUCCGAGUAUUCUUUGUACAUAAUGUAAAGACUGACCAAAGAGAAAAGAGAAACCUGGCCUGUACAUAGUCGUUCUCUCACUUCUCUGUGAAAUCAGAAGGGCUCUGCUUGCCUGGCAUGCCGUGUCUCCAGAACGUGUAGGUCAGUGCAGGCCAGACAAUCCUCCCCGCUCCCGUCUAUCUACCCCUGCUUUGCUCUUUUUGCCGCAUUUCUCUGCUUGGAGAUUUGGGCGAAGAGCAAUCUGUCAGUGGAAUGUUUUCUGCAGUAUUAAAGAUAACGACGUGGCCUGUGAGAACUUAUUAUUAAAGAAGAUGACACACAUGUUGAUGAAUUGUGCACUGUUGCAAAAAUCCUUUUAACAAUACUGAGAAUGUUACAUUGUGUAAUUGUAAGCGUUUCUUUGGAGAUCCAAAUCGAUCAGGGUUUUUACUUUCUGCUAAAUUUCGAAAGAAUUUCAAAAUUCAGAUAUUCUGGGGCUUCAGCUCGUCGGGCUAAAUCAAGUAACUUUGUAUUGAGAAGUGUACAAAUGCACAACUGUUGUGCAUAUCUUAAAUCUUAAAAUUACUGACAUGCAAGUGAGUCUAAUCACCUGCGGGGGCAUCAGGAUUUCUGAUAAGGUGAAUCUGUAUUUCAAACAGUGCGGAUAAUUCUUAAGAAUUGUUCUUCUGUUUAUUCCACGUAACUUUAUUUAUUCUGUCUGUUGGUGUUAAACAUGCGGGUGCUUCACCGAGUGAAAGCAUUUCGUAACACUUUUGUUUCCAAGUGUUUCUGUCCACUUUUGUGUUAUUAUAUUUUUUUUCAUCAACUCUGUGGGAUUGUUUUGAUGCAAAAUUGAAAUCUUUCUCCUCAUACCACAAUUGGUGGUUUUUGUUUUUCAACAUGUGAACUGAAAUUGGUUUCAAUGUUCUUUCAAUCACACAACAAGCUUUGAAAUUAAAACCUUUUUCCACGCA